CAUCGACGUUGUGCUGAAGCGCAUCGACUUAGGGAGAAGCGCAGGCAGGCAGGCAGGCAGAGGGCGGCGCGAUGAAGAAGAGCCCGUCGGAGUUGGCACUGGAGGCGUUUUUCCGGGCGGACGGCGGCGACGUCGACGAGCUGAGCUCGCCGCCUCCGCCGUCGCUGGAGGAUCUCCUCCACCCCGGGUCUCUGGGCUUCGGAUUCGUCGAUCGGCAGGACGGCGUUUUCUGUCAUUUGGCUGGUGGCGGAGGGCAGUUGCUCACCGGGGGAAGCCAUGCAUGGUCUCACAACCUGACGCCCAAGAACUCCAAUAUCUCUGCAACCAUCGAGUCUCAGUCAUCCAUGUGUGCUGAGACACCAACUUCAUCUCAUAAGCCUACAGCAAAAGUUAGUCAAACUCUUGGAGGAACAAGUGGGUCUGAGCAAUCAGAUGAGGAGUCCUUAGAGACAGAGGGUGGGCAAUACGAACAAAGCACAGAUGUCAUAGACAACAAGCGGAUACGAAGGAUGGCGUCGAAUCGGGAAUCUGCUAGGCGAUCAAGAAAGAGAAAGCAAGCCCACUUAGCUGAUCUCGAGUUGCAGGUGGAUCAGCUCCGAGGAGAAAAUGAGUCCCUAUUCAAGCAACUAACCGAUGCCAGUGAUGAAUUCACUGAAGCAGUCACAAAUCAUCGCAUUCUCAAGUCAAAUGUGGAAGCGUUGAGAAUCAAGGUGAAGAUGGCAGAAGACUUGGUCACCGGAGGUGCUUUGGCUUGCGGUCUCGACCAUCUCCUCCAGACCAACAUUGGAUCACCCCAGUUCCUGAAUCCUCAGCAACCAUCCCGGGCAUCCCCAGAUUUCCUCUCGGCCAUCCAAGUCCAAGCAGAUGAUCCUGGUUACGUUGGCACUCCAUGUGCUGGACAAUUCCAGAAUACAGGGAUGGGAAAUAAUGAUGCAGAGAAUGCAGACAUCUUGCCUGGACUGAACCAGACUUCGCCAUUGCAGAGCAUUACAAACAUGGAUAACCAUCGCAUUAGGAUUCCAAGGGAAGUAGCAGGCUGUGGAGCUGACAUCUGGCCAUGCAAAACCAACAGAGACUGAGUGCCGAAGUAGCAUCCUAGAUUUCACGUAAGACCACAUAAUUUAGUGAGGAUUAGUUUGCCGGUUUUAAUAUUGGGCUCGACUCCUGUAAUCGACUUUAAGUUACAUAUGCGUAGACCUUUUAUAUUUGCUCAUGAUUUUCAUAUAAUUCAUCUGUUUUGUUUUGUUA